AUGGUGCAGCACAUGAGCCACACAGACAGCGACAGGGACGACAUGGACAUGGAGAUGGACUCGUCUCCCACACCAGAGUCCCCUUCAUCUACGGACAGAACCAGUGGGGACUUGGCGUGGUGCAAGACUCCAACGGGACACAUCAAGAGACCCAUGAACGCCUUCAUGGUCUGGUCCCAGAUAGAGAGGAGGAAGAUUAUGGAGCAGUCUCCAGACAUGCACAACGCGGAGAUCUCCAAGCGCCUGGGCAAACGGUGGAAGCUGCUCAAAGACACGGACAAGAUCCCGUUCAUCCGUGAGGCAGAGCGGCUACGGCUCAAGCACAUGGCUGACUACCCAGACUACAAGUACCGGCCCAGGAAGAAGGUCAAGUCUGGCGGCAGUAAACCGGAGAAGAGCGGAGAGAGGAAAGCCGGUGCGAGCAAGAGAAGCCCUGCUUCUAAAGCGUCAUCAGGAAGCAGGACGCACAAGCAAAAGCAGAUGGGCUUGGACUACGUCUCUCCCGGGGACCACCAGUCUCUCUUCAAGUCUCGCUCCACAUCCGGAGCCAGACACAUCCCAGACAAGGCGAGACGCAGCGCGGAACUAAGCCCAUCAGCGGGGGUCCCAGCCAGCCCCACUCUAAGCAGCUCAGCGGAGUCCAGCGACCCAUUCAGCCUUUACGACGAGCACAGCCCGGCCACCAGCGACUCCUCCUCCUCAUCCUCCGGGUAUGCACGCGCCUCGUCCCCCACACCGUCUGCCGCGCACUCGUCCUCCUCCGUUUCAUCCUCGGACGAGGAGUUUGAGGACGAGAGGCUGGAGAUCCAGCCAAGCCCGGGCGCCUUUGAAGCGCUGUCCGCAGCAGAGAGCUCAGGGGGCAUGGGCUUCUCGGACGCAGAGCUGGACCGGGACUUGGACUGGAGCUUUGGGGAGUGCGGGGCCGGCUCUCACUUUGACUUCCCCGACUACUGCACCCCCGAGGUGAGCGAGCUGAUCUCAGGAGACUGGCUGGAGUCCACCAUCUCCAACCUAGUGUUCACCUACUGA